CCACCCUCAUGACGUCCGCUCUGAGUUCCUUGGCCUCGCUGGACCCGGCUGAGCUGGCCCACAUUCCAGCGGGAACCCCACCAGCGGGACAAGAGUCCAACCUCAUUGAUCCUCCGUCCGAUGGCUACCUCUUCCUCGUGGUGGGCAGUGUGGUGAUGGGCAUCAUGUACAUCACUGUCGCCAUGAGCCUCCAUGUCAAGCUCCAGGUCCGGAAGAAAUGGGCGCUCGAUGACUGGACUCGACUGAUCUCAACGAUCGGGGCCACAUUCUAUUUCAUCACCUGCAUUUUUGCGGUGGUUAUAGCAAAAUUCGGCACGCACAUGUGGGACCUCUCCGUCGCUCAUAUCCUGAGUGAUCCAUUCAUCAUUACCUCGUUCUUCUCCAAUUGGCUGACGGCCAUCGUGUGGCCGGUCGUCAAAACCACCUUCUUCCUGAUCUACCUGGAUAUGUUCCGGACCAUUCGGUGGCAGCGCUACGCCAUCUACCUCGGGCUGUUCGUCAACUGGGCCUUCUAUGUGGCUGUUGUCAUCGUCACCCUAUACUACAUCAGUCCCGCGCCGGGCCAGUCGUGGAAGGCCUCAUUCGUGUCGCCCCGGUAUGACGGGUCCCUGAACAUCUCGAUCCCGAUAGCGGCGGGGAGCCUUAUCCUCGACCUGUACAUUCUGCUGCUCCCCAUGGCGCCUAUCUGGAAUUUGCAGCUGAAGUUGAGAAAGAGACUUGGUGUGAUGGCCGUGUUUGCCACAGGAUUGAUCGCCUGUGUCGCCUCCUCGCUGAGCAUCUACUUCAAAACCGUGCUCAACUCCCACGAAACCGACUUUACCUACUACACGCUCCGGGUCUUGAUCAUGGCGAUCGUGGAGAUGUGCGUCGGCAUCACCGCCAGCUCCAUGCCGUCAAUGGCGCUCUUCUUCCGCCACCAUCGCCCGCUGCUGACGCGCUUCUUCUCCCGCCUCUCUCGCUCCUCGCAACACUCUUACCACAAGCGGUCGAUGCCUCGCGGUGGCGAUCCACUCGAGGCUCAGACGUCCGACCGCUGGCCGUUGCGAGACCUUGUUCCUCCGGGCAAGGAUCGAUACCCCCGCAUGCACGAGGUGGACGGGGACGGCAGUGACGGUGGCGCCAGCGAACAUCACCCCCACUCUGAGGAGAGGGGCCCGGAGGAUCAGGUCUGAUGGUGAUGGUGUUGGUAGUUGGAAGAUACUCUUUUCCAUCUAGGGUCCAGACAGUAUAGUGCUAAUUUUGUAACAAACAUAU